AUGGAGCCCAACACCAAGACCUUCUCUCUCAUCUUCCUGGGGAAAAAUCCCCUGUACCGCCAUCCUCUGUCCCAUGGCAUCAGAGCCCUAACUAGAAAUGCACACCAAGGGAAACUCGGCAGGCAAAGAGGGCCUUCACACGCGGAGCAGCAGCCCCAGGGACCCCGAGGGAAAGGAGCCCAGCACGGGCAGGGUGCUGUGGCAACCUCAGCUCUGCUUCAGGCCUGUGGCGCCCGGACCAGAUCCAGCCUGCGGACCUGGAGCAAAACCCUGGUGUCCUGGGACCUGGCCUCGGAACACGCUCCUACAUCCUCUGGCAUUCUGCAGGCUUUGCCUCUCGACUUCUGGGCAUCGAGGCCAAGGCAGGCAGCAGCUGGCAGCAGGGUGUGGAGGCAGCGCCGUCCCUGGGAAGGAGCAGCUGUGUCCUCGAAAGCAGAGCGGGUCGAUGACUCAGAGGUGAAGCUGCGUCCUGGGCAGCUGAGUCAGAGGCACAGCUGUCACCGUCAGCUCCUCCUGAGCACAGAGGCGUCGCUGGCCGGGGCACACAGCAGAGGCCCCGGCAAAGACCCUCACCACACAGGGCCAGGAAGCGGACAGGGGAAGAGAGCCAAGGAGGAAGGGGCCGGGGACCAGACACAGACCCCAAAGUCGGGCCUCCACGACCACACACACACCCAGCAGGGCGCUGCACUACCCACGAGGAGGCUCCCACGCCAGUUAAACCGACACGACUCACCUGGAGUCAGUGGAAACGAAAUCAACCGCUACCAUGCACAACAGUCUCACGAAAAUGAUCGAUGGACAAGUACAGAGCACAUCAGCAGUGUGCUACCACCUGGACAUUCAGCUGUGCUGUCCGCAUUUGCUGUGACUGCCAACGUCUCCACUGGGGAAGCACCAUGGUCUGGACCAUCUUUACGAAGAGGCGGAGUCUGUCUUGCUCUAUAAAGACUUGCUGCUCGUGUUGCUUCACUGGUUACCACUUGGUUACAACACAAGAGGAGGAGCACAUCGUAUCCAGGGAGUCUGAGGUGCGCUGGGAGGCAUGUCCUCCCCCAGGCAACAAACCAGAGCCAAAGCCCUCCUGCUCUGAGCUCGGCAGAGGCGGCCCGCCCUGCCUGCGGCCACGGGACUCGGUUCCAGGUGACUUCACACACGGCCUUCUCUGCACAGGACAGGUGGCCGUCUGUCGCUCGCGAACUCUGGGUUCUAGCCCUGGGGUCCUGGCCAUCACCCUGUGCGUCCGGCCCUCUGGUCUCCUGCCCCAUGAAACCCCUCUCCCCAGUGUGGGCUGGACCUAGCGACUGCCUUCAAUCCAACGGCUUGGGGGACGGGAUGGGUUGCACUGGGAGCCAGGAGCAGGGCACUGGGAGCCAGGCUCCCCACAACUCCCCACUCCCCUCUCCCACUUUGCCCCUGGAUCUGUCCUCUGGGGGCACAGCACUCGCCUGGAGCAGCCCUGACUACAGGCAGCAAGGACACUACCCAGCUUGCUGACCCCCCAGAGGCACUAACACCUCCAGGGCGGUGGAGUAAUUGCUCCUGAGGCAGUGAGGGCAUGACUGACCCGACACGCUCCCCACAGCCACGCCCCUAUCUCUCCUUCAGGGAACCACAGGCUUCUUCCUCCUGGAGGGGCCAGACCAUGGCUCAGAAGGUUUUCACUGCAGUUCUGGAACUACGCUGCACCCAGGACCCGCGCGCUGAGCUACACCCCAGCUCUUCUUUGACUUUAUAUUUUCAUCCUGCUAAGUCACUGAAGCUCAGGCUGGGCUUGAAUUCGUGACUCCUCCCAGAGUCCUGAGAUGACAGCCAUAGCAAAUUGAAAUUGUUGACACAUCUAAGAGAUACAGAGAGCGUAACUUGGUAAGUAAUUAGAUGUGAGAGUUAUUGAAAAGGGAAGAGGUAAAGUAUGAGCAACUGUGCGCCCUUAAGUGAACGAUGCUACGGUAGAAGGACGUCGUGAGCUUCACUCUGGGCUGCUGAAACUGGACACACCGUCCGGAUACGGGGGAGUCUUGGGGGGUGGGUCCGGGGCUAAUGACUUAGGGUAGGGAUCGAAGUCACUGGAGAGAAGCCCAAAGUGCAGCAACCACAGGCUGCAUAAAUUGUCACUGAGAGGGGCAGAGGAAGGGGACCUGGGUCUGUCCAGAACCGGGAAGUGCGUCAGCCAAGAUAGGUGUAGCCAGUUUCAGCGGGCAGGGAAUGACCACGGCGACAGAGCCAGCCGAGACCACAUUAUGACCUGAAAAACAUCCUCAGCUCUAUAAUGGGGGCCACUGCAGUCUGGGCCGAUCGCAUGUGGCAAGGGUGGCUGCUCCAGUGUCUCCCAUACUGAGCUCUUCUGUCCGCGCGACGGGUCUGUCCCAUUCCUGACUGGUGCUGGUGGCCACUCUCCUAAUACAGCAAGUGGGGACCAUGCAGUGGGGCUUCUGAUUGUGAGGCGGUGGACUGCGACAUGCAUCACACAAAAGUGCCCACAGCAGACCAGGCUCCCAGAGGCCUCUCUGCAGCGAGGAAUCCAGGCCAGCUGAACAGACUGUCCUUGCCUCUUUUCUGUCACUGUGACACCAUGCCGGGCACCCACAACUGAAAGGAGAGGUCUACUUUGGCUCACGUCUUGGAGGUUUCCAUCCAUGUUUGGCAGGCUUAACCGCCGGAAGUCAUGGCGGAAGGGCCCGGUCAGCAAGCCAUGUGCACUGAGGGACCGCGUGUCUUUUUCCAACAGACCCCGGGUGAGGUGGCAGUCGAGCUUGACCGGAAGCCUGACCGGAGCAGUGCCCGCAUCCUGGGCACUGCCUCAGAGUGGGUUGAGCCAGGGGAGUUUGGGAGGUGGCCUCUCGCGGGCGCUCUGCUCCGCAGCCACCACGAGGCCGGCAGCCUCACUCUAACAGCCAUUCCGCCACGAUGCUUCUGCAUUGGAGCCAGCCCACCCUGGGCUCAAGUGGCCUCUUUUCCUCUAAGAGGGCAUCGUGGUAUUGUGUCCCGGCCUUGGGAAAAGCUGUCUGUGAGGACAGGCCCACAGGGCUGUCUUGAGUACGACAAUCCUCAGGGAAGGAGAUUCCUUGGUCUCAGUCUGCCUCCAGCUCCCCUGGAGGAACGCGUGUGCACACACACACAUACACACACACACAAAACCGCAGCCGGAGGAGGGGACUCAGCCAAGGCCAAACACCGGGGCCCCAGGUUCCCACAUCCUAGCAACCUCAGGAAGGGGUCUGCUUUGUCCUCAUUUCUGAGAUGUGAAACCACGAGCCCCAGGUUCUUGCCUUAGAAUGAGAGGCAGGAAUUGGGAGUCCUGCUCCUGCACCCCCAGGGGGACGCCAAAGCCCCUUGGGUCAGGGAAGCCUCCAAGGCAGCUAUCUGUGAGGCCUGGGAUGUGGCGGCAGGUGGCCGGUCACUGCCCUGUGCUCUCUCUGCUCUACUCACAGAGCUUUUCAGUGCCACUGUGACCACAAAGCCACGGAGCCCCGAGGACCCUGUGCCCAUCGACCCUGAUCUGUCCUAGGGAGGAGGUCACCACCCACCUGGGGGAAGGGAGCGGGCCUUGCAGUGGAGGGCUCUGUCUCUGUGGCCGCCUCCCCAUAUCUGCUGUCCUCCCGCCGGGCUGCGAGUUCAUCCCACUGGUGGGUCUCCGCGCAUUCCUGUGGCCUCUGGCCGCCCCUGCCCUGCAUUCCUUGGUUCAAAUUCCGGGGCGGGGAUCUGAUUGGCCAGGCUCCUGGGUGAGGUCACAGGCCAUCGGUCACCAGCAGGGCAGUGUGAGCUCCCGCCUUGGGGAUGGCAGGAGUGGGCGGAUGAGCCCGUGCAGGAAUGUGCCCCAGCCUGGGCCUCCUGCUGAAUCGCUCCUUUCAGAAGGGACAAGGCGGCAUUUAUGCUGUACCUCCAAAGCCCUGGCCCAUGAGUCUUCCCUGGGGGGGGACCUGUGCCCCUUGGCUCUGUCCCCCUGCCAGCCUGUGUAUGCCUGGGGCUCCCACGCAGACCAGGCGGUCUCGGGCCGUCCUGUGGGGCUCUGCCUCACACACUGCCGUGCCACCUGCGGCACUCAGGUCUGCAGGUGCUGCUGUGCCCCCGGGUUCCGGCGGGCGCUGCUGCCUCAGCGUACCAGGGGGUCUUCUCCGCAUGUCACCCACUGCAAAAGGGGCUCCCGACAGCUGGGGCUCCCAGCACCCAGGCUCAGGGGCACCAGAGGUGGGACGGUGGAGGGACAGCCGCUCUCCCUCUGCCAUCUGUCACCACACCGCCUCGCUCCCUUCCCGGGGUGUUUCCCAGGGUACCCUGGCCUCCAGGCUGACAGGAUAGCCCUGGCCCGAAGCUGGGCCGGAGCCCUGGAAGGAGCCCUCCUUCCCCCUGCUGGAGCAGAAGCUGUGGGGAUCAACUCUCAUUCUGGUCAGAGCCCCCUGUGGAGAGAGAGGGACAGACUCUGGGACUGCCCAGGAGCAGGCACCGGGCCCGGCUCACCUGAACUCUCUGCUCAGGCCACCCCUGGAGCUGGCCCCUGAGGUCCAGAAGCCUUGAUUUCCUUAUCUGUUCGUUCAUGGAGGUGAUCAUGAACCCCCGUGGGUUGUUGGGGAAAUGAUACCACAAGUCUCAUGCCGAAAGCCCAAGCCUGUUCAUUCCCUGAUGGGAGGGUCACUAAGGCCAUGGGUCGUGAUGCUGUUAUGGUUUCUACCUAGGCGUCGCCCAGUCUUGUGAGCUCCUAGUUGGGGCUUGGGAAGGCGACUAGAUGAUGGUGCUAUGGCUGACUUGCUGUUCCGCGUGGGAGCUGGCCGGGAAAGGUGGGUCACUGGAGUGGGGCCUGGAAGGACUUGUCUUCCUUCUGGCUCCUGACUUCCUACUCUGCUUCCCGGCUGCCAUGAUGUAAGCAUCUCUCCCAUCAGACCCUUCCACCAGGCCUUCCUGUCUUGGAGCCGGCUGACUACGGAUUGCAACUGUGAGCCACAAUAAA